GUUGAACCAAUCGUAGCAGUACGUCAGUUAGCGCCGGACUCGCGGCGCGAACAGUUAUGCGGGAGGUUGCUGCGUCGUUUUAAAACAAAAACAAACACUACGUAUAAAUUUAUAUGGCUUCAAAACGACCGAGUUUCAAAACCUUGUGAAUUUGUUUAUGUGAGUUUGAGAACGGAAGAGAUCCCGAUUAAGACUUCAAGAUGUACGGUUUCGUGAACUAUGCCCUUGAGUUGCUUGUAACGAAAACUUUUAACGAAGAAACAUGGGAGACAAUCAAGAAGAAAGCCGACGUGGCGAUGGAAGGCAGCUUCCUCGUCCGACAGAUCUACGAGGACGAGAUCACGUACCAUCUGAUAACCGCAGCUGUGGAAGUCUUGCAGAUACCCGCAGACGCCAUUUUGGAGUUAUUUGGCAAGACCUUCUUCGAGUUUUGCCAGGAUUCGGGAUACGAUAAGAUUUUGCAAGUUCUUGGGGCUACACCACGAGAUUUCUUGCAGAAUCUGGAUGGCCUCCAUGAUCAUCUAGGUACUCUGUACCCUGGUAUGCGAUCGCCGUCUUUCCGAUGCACUGAAAGACCAGAAGACGGUGCUUUGGUGCUCCACUAUUACUCCGACAGACCGGGCUUGGAGCAUAUUGUUAUAGGCAUCGUCAAGACUGUCGCAAGCAAACUCCAUGACACAGAAGUCAAGGUGGAGAUUCUGAAGACUAAGGAGGAAUGUGAUCACGUUCAGUUUUUGAUCACUGAAACAUCAACAUCUGGACGAGUGUCUGCUCCAGAAAUGGCAGAAAUUGAAACUCUGUCUUUGGAGCCUAAAGUAAGUCCAGCAACAUUCUGCCGCGUCUUCCCCUUCCACUUGAUGUUCGAUCGCGAGCUGAACAUCGUGCAAGCAGGACGCACUGUCUCCCGUCUCAUGCCGAGGGUCACGAGACCUGGAUGCAAAAUCACUGAUGUUUUGGAUACGGUUCGGCCGCAUUUGGAGAUGACAUUUGCUAAUGUCCUGGCUCAUAUUAACACGGUUUAUGUGUUAAAGACUAAGCCUGAAGAGAUGAUUGUAACUGACCCUCAUGAGGACAUCGCCUCUCUACGAUUGAAGGGUCAAAUGCUUUACAUUCCGGAGACAGACGUGGUGGUAUUCCAGUGCUAUCCCAGUGUGACCAACUUGGAUGAUUUGACACGUCGUGGCCUCUGCAUUUCUGACAUCCCUCUUCACGAUGCUACCCGUGACCUGGUACUGAUGUCCGAGCAAUUCGAAGCCGACUACAAGUUGACACAAAACCUGGAAGUUCUCACGGAUAAAUUGCAGCAAACUUUCAGAGAGCUGGACUCUGAGAAACAAAAGACCGACAGGCUCCUGUACUCCGUACUACCAAUCAGCGUAGCAACCGAACUUCGUCACCAGCGACCAGUACCAGCUCGACGUUAUGACACCGUCACCCUUCUCUUCAGUGGUAUUGUGGGCUUUGCUAACUAUUGCGCAAGACACACUGACCACAAAGGUGCCAUGAAGAUUGUCAGGAUGCUGAACGACUUGUACACGGCUUUCGAUGUGCUGACCGAUCCUAAGAGGAAUCCUAAUGUUUACAAGGUUGAGACUGUCGGUGACAAAUACAUGGCGGUGUCAGGUCUCCCUGAAUACGAAGUGGGCCACGCCAAGCACAUUUCUCUCCUCGCUCUUGAGAUGAUGGAUCUUUCCCAAACUGUGACUGUGGAUGGAGAACCAGUUGGUAUAACUAUCGGCAUUCACACUGGUGAGGUCGUAACGGGUGUGAUUGGUCACCGCAUGCCGCGGUACUGUCUCUUUGGCAACACUGUCAACCUCACCAGCCGCUGUGAGACCACUGGCGUUCCUGGCACUAUUAAUGUCAGCGAGGACACUUACGGGUACCUCAUGCGAGAAGACAAUUACGACGAACGCUUCGAGCUAACCUACCGUGGACACGUGUCCAUGAAGGGCAAGGCCGAGCCAAUGCAAACUUGGUUCCUUACCAAAAAGGCUAUUUAAAAGUUCACCCUUAUUACGAUAAUUCGAAAGUAAAAUGCAUUUUUUCCAUAGACCAGUAGAUUUUCCCUAUCGAUCACACUUUUCAUAUUAUUUAAAAAAAACGAUACUAAUAACCAGUGUUGGUCAAGGGUCGCUUAAAUGUAUACAAUAUUAGUCUCA